UGUCAAGCCAAACACAAGGCCGUUGAUAGUGAGACGAAGAGCCAAGGGACCUACGACAGCACCAGCCCCGGCAUGGACUUCCCAGAAGAAACUCAAUGCGAGGUCUCAGUGGACACCCGGCCCGAGGAGGACAGACAGAUGGACACGCAGGUGAGUCUUUCCUCCUUCCCCGGUCCCUUCCCCACGUGCUCUCUUUUCACCUUACCUUGUGUGCUUGUGCUGACAGGCCCCCACAGAGCAAGGCAAACAGGAGGUGAUCUCCACCCAGCUACGCCAAGAUUCCUGUGCAGAGAACGUGGACCCACCAUUCUCCGGCGCCCUUGAGGAGCCCCCAAGAUAGCGCCGUGUCUGUGCCGACUCCAUCUCGUCCUGAGUGCAGAGCCGGAGCUGGCGGAGGCGGGGGGGCGGAAUCCAGGCCUCAAGGGCCCCUUAAGGAAGAAGAGGCUGCGUGAAGCGUCCCACUCAUGAACCUCAAUACCAGUCGUCUUCUCGGAGCUCCCCGAAGACUCAAGGAUACAGAAGUCUUGUCAACUGUCAAGAAAUUCUGGGACCCAUCACAUGUCUCUUAAGGGAUUCCUGGUUCUUUGUACAUUUACCCCCUCACUUGCUUACUUAACAAAUGUUCACAGAAGUGGACUCUUUCUCUGGACCUGUGCUGAGGCUGCACAUAUUGGUAAGACAUAGCUUCUGCUCUUAAGGAACUCCUGGUCCGCUGAGAGAGGCAGACCGCAUGGUCUGGCCCUUGGAAAGCCACGCGGGCGUAACGUACAGGAGCAGGUGGAAGGGGGAUUUGGGUCACCAGGCAGCAUAGCUGUCCAGGCUCGUCCAAGGAGCACACACCGGUACCAAAUACCAAGAGAAAUCAAGAAGAAGUGAGGGUCAAACUGAGCAGGCGGAAGUUUCUAACGACAUCUUGGUCCAACGUUCUAGGAGGUGCGGAGAGCUGAAGCCUUCAGAGCGGGAAAAACAUGUGCCAAGCCAGAGGAGAAUGACCUACUUGGCUCCCAGCACCCACGCUUCAGCUAGAAAAAUACGUUUUCUUUUAAGCUCACAUUUUCUUAACAGAAUGGGACUAAAGCCGCACCUAUUUCUCUGGCUUCUGUGGGAAUCAAAAGAGAGAACGCUUGAAAAGUGAGUAGCAUUAAAAAGAGAUAUUCAUGCACCCAAGUUUAUCUUGCCUUCUAAGUCCCAGAGAGCUGUAGCCCAAUGUGACUGGGGGUGAUCUUGCCCCCCAAAGGCCAUCUGGCAACGUCUGGAGAUGUUUUUGGCUGUCGCAGCUGGAGGGGACAUGGUGCUAGCGACGCCUGGUGGAUGGAGAACAAGGAUGCUGGUAAACCUCCUAUAAUGCUCAGGACAGCCCUCCUGGACGCCAGCAGAGAAUCACCCGGUCCUCAAUGGCAACAGCGCCAAGGCUGGGACACCCUGAUCUGACCCUUAUAGUCUCUUCAGUCUCAGUUUCAUGCGCACUUAAUUCCAGCCACAUCAGUCAUUUUCCGGUUACUCCCCAGAGGAUUUUGGGCAUGCUGAAUGUGCUGUGUAAAUAUGUCUUAGGAUCAGGCGCAGCCUCGAAUGUCGCCGCUCCAGAGCGAAGUCCCUUGGAACCAUUCUAUUGCAGAGACACAUCAGACAAUAGUCCGUCUCAGCAACUUGUUCAAAGCAUCAUAAUGUCCACACAUUUUCCCUUGGUAAGGGUCUCAUUGGUGCAGCAACUCCCCAUUCUCCCUCCCUGCAGCGCCCGAUAUCUUCCAGUCCACCCUCUGUCCCCACGAAUUUGCCUACUCUGGAUAUUUCAUAUAAAUGGAACCAUACAAUGUGCGGUCUUUUGUGUCUGGUUUAUUUCACUCAGCGUAAUGUCUUCAGGGUUCAUCCAUGUCAUAGCACGUGUCAGAAUUUCCUUCCUGUAAGUACUGGGGAUUGAGCCCAGGACCUCGUGCACGCCAAGCACGUGCUGCACCACCGAGCUCUACCCGUCCGUCAGCACCUGAUCCCUUUUUAAGACUAAACAAUAUUCCAUUGGGGUAGGUAUAUACCAUAGUUUGUUUAAUCAUUCUCCCAUCAGUGGACACGAGUUGUUUCCUUGUUUUGGCUGUUGUGAAUAAUGCUGUCAUGAACCUGGCUGUACAAAUACCUGUUCAAGUUCCUGCUUUUGAUUCUUUUGGGUAUUUACCCAGAAGUGGAGUCGCUGAGUCAUUCAUUGCUUCAUAUGUUGAGGAAAUGCCGGACUGUUUUCCCCAACAGCUGUACCUACCUGCCCGCGAUGCAUGAGGAUUUCAACUUCUCCACGUCCUCAGCCGACAUUUGUUGUUGUCUUUUUGAUGACAGUCAUCCUUGCAGGUGAGAAGUGAUGUCUCACUGUGGUUUUGAUCUGCAUGUCCCUAAUGGAUGUCAGGGAGUUUAUGGGAGUAUUGGAAACACAGAGGACGCCUCACUAGGCAGACGUGGUGGGACACUGGGCUGGUGACGGGAGAUAAAGUGACGCUACUUGGAGCUUGUGUGCAAGUCAUUCUACGGAGCAGAAGGCUCCAGCUUGAUGAGUCUCAACUAGGAAAAGCCAGGCUGAUGGGGGAGGGGAGGAAAUCGCUCCUCAUCCUCACCACGUCCUGUGCCUCUGCUCCAGUCCCCGCCCAAGUCUUCCCUCCUGGGCUAUGGAGCUCAGGACGGGCCAAGGAACCAUGUCCUCAUCCCUGCCUGCCCUCUUCUGCCUUGGGCUGUGUCUGGAGCAGGUGAUACAUGCUCACUACGGCCCGCUGCCCAAGCCCUCCCUCCAAGCCCUGCCCAGCUCCCUUGUGCCCCUGGGGACGCCGGUGACCGUCCGCUGCCAGGGGCCUCCAGGCGUGGACUUGUACCGCCUGGAGAAACUGAAAUCCAGCCAGUAUUUUGAUUAUGGGGUUCUCUCCUUCUCUGCCAUGGAGAAACGUUUCGCCGGGGUCUACCGCUGCUCGUACCAGAACGGGAGCCGCUGGUCUCUUCCCAGCAGCCAGCUGGAGCUGGUGGCCACUGGCGUUUUCACCAAGCCCUCACUCUCAGCCCAGCCCAGUGCAGCAGUGUCCCCAGGGAUGGACGUGACUCUGCGGUGUGAGAGCCAAUACGGUUUUGACCGAUUUGCUCUGUACAAGGAGGGAGACACUGGGCCCUACAAGAGACCUGAGCAGUGGUACCUGGCCGACUUCCCCAUCACCACGGUGACCGCUGCCAACAGCGGGACUUAUCGAUGCUACAGCUUUUCCAGCAGUUCCCCGUACCUGUGGUCAGCCCCCAGCGACCCUCUGGAGCUCGUGGUUAAAGGGAACUCCGUGACCCCCAGCUGGCUGCCCACAGAGCUGCCGUCCUCUGUAACAGAAUCGUCAGAAGCCCCAGGGAGGCUGAGCCCCUCGCUCGUGAACCAAGGCUCCACAGCUGGAAUAUCACCAUACUUCCAGAGGCGUCAGACCCUCCAGCUGGUGAGUACGUGUCCGUCUCUGGACCAGCUUCCUCCCCGCUCCCUGACUUUACCCAAGGCCGGCUGCUUUCCCUACACACAGGAGCUACAGCCCUGGGCUCUUGGGCUCUGGUGUGUAGCGUGUGAAGGGGAGGGGGUCUAUCAGCAUCUGGAGCUCAGAGCUGGGCAAAGAUCAGGGGUGAAGGUUGAGGUUUUCUAAAGGGUCAGAGAAAGAUCAACUUCAUCUCUCUCUCUGCCCUCUGACAAUGAUCUUCUCUUCCACAAUUAGCCAAAUAACCAGGUAGUGUCUGUGUGUGGGGUGGGGUCGUGUCAGGGGCCUGAGAAGGGGUGUGUGGAAGAGGUGGUGUUUAGAGAACUGGGCUUAUCUGGUCCUAACCCUCGAGAGGAGGAGAGGACCCCUCUGGCAUCCUGGCUGGCAGAGGGUAACAGGUUCUCACGUGGGGGCCGUGGCUUAGAGAGGGUCCUUCUGCCAUCCGCUUCUGUCUGUCUUCGUUCCUCCAGGUCCCGCCCUCCAGCGCUACACUGAGGGCAAUCUGGUCCGGAUAUGCCUCGGGGCUGUGGUUCUAAUAUUCCUGGUGGGGAUUCUGGCAGAAGAUUGGCACAGCCGAAGGAAACCCCUGAGGCGCCGGGUCAGAGCGGCCCACA